ACCACUGAACAAACCUCAGUAAGCAAUCUUUCUGCUUCUAAAACAACCCCUGAAACAUUAACCAUGCCAAGAGCUACAAGCUACUCUACAGCACACCUGUCAACUACUGCCCAAGAACCAACAAUUGGAAUGACUUCUGCAGGAAACACUAAAAGCAUGAAUCUUAAAACAACUAGUGAUGUCAUAUCGACUAUAUUUGAAAUACAUAGUGUGACCUCUGAGCCUUUUAAGAUAACUCAUGUGGAUAAAGACAAUACUACUCCCACCCUCAAAAACAAUACACAGGCAAAUCUAGAGCAAACCUCGGUUAGCAAUAUUUCCACUUCAGAAACAAACACUGGAACAUUAGCCACACCAAUAUCUACAGGCUAUUCCACAACACAACUGUCAACAAAUGGAUACUCAACCAACACAACUGUCACAGAGCCAACCCCAUAUUCUGAAUCAAUGACUACAACUGAUCCACUAGACACUGAACCAUUCACUAUAAUAUCCACUUUAGCAACUACAGACUCUUCAUUCACAUCCACUGAUAUGUCUUCUACAACAACUGAAAGUGCUAAUAAUCAUAACACAUCUUUAGGGAUAGAUUCCACUGCUUUAACAUCACAUGAGCUUAUGUCUGCAAACAAUACUCAAGUCUCCAUCACCUAUAGUACCAAAAGUCUGAUGAAUCCCACAGAAUCACUUGACACUGAGGCAACUGUGAUGGCACCAACUUCACUACCAAGAAACACAUCUGUGAAUGAAAGUCUUGCCUCUAUCACGACUACAGAUAGUCCCACUUACCCAACAAUCACCUCAAGUGAUCUUCUCAACACUGGUAGCAACACAACUGAUGUAAACACAUCUACAUCAAAUAAUGUGACAAAAUCAAUUUCAGCUACCACCACCACUGAACAAACCUCAGUAAGCAAUAUUUCUGCUUCUAAAACAACCCCUGAAACAUUAACCACACCAAGAGCUACAAGCUACUCUACAGCACACCUGUCAACUACUGCCCAAGAACCAACAAUUAGAACGAAUUCUGCAGGCAGCACUAAAAGCAUGAAUCCUAAAACAACUAGUGAAGACAUAUCGACUAUAUUUGAAACACAUAGUGUGACCUCUGAGCCUUUAAAGACAACUCAUGUGAAUCAAGUCACUAUUAGUUCCACACUAAAUAUCAAUACACAGGCAAAUCUAGAGCAAACGUCAUUUAGUGAUAUUUCCACUUCAGAAGCAACCCCUGGAACAUUAGCCACAUCAAUAUCUACAGACUAUUCUACAACACAACUGUCAACAAAUGGAUCCUCAACCAACACAACUGUCACAGAGCCAACCCCAUAUUCUGAAUCAAUGACUACAACUGAUCUACUAGACAAUGAACCAUUCACUAUAAUAUCCACUUUAGCAACUACAGACUCUUCAUUCACAUCCACUGAUGUGUCUUCUACAACAACGGAUACUGCUAAUAAUCAUAAUAAAUCUUCAGGGAUAAAUUACACUGCUACAACAUCACAUCAGCUUGAGUCAGCAAAAAAUACUCAAGUCUCCAUCACCAAUAGUCCCAAUAGUUUGACGAAUCCUAUGGACACACCAUACACCAAGACAACUGUAAUGGCACCAACUUUACAACCAAGAAACACAUCUAAGCUGGAGAAUAACACCUCCAGUAUGGCUACAGAUAGUCCCACCUACCCAACAAUUACCUCAAGUGGUCUAAGCAACUGGAAUGCAACUGGAAUAUCUACUGAAACGAUUAGGCCUACCUCCAAUAAUACACCAGAGACUGAUAAUGUAACUCAAAAUUCAGGUACAUUGCUGACUCUAGCAUCAACAGACUUUACAAACUUACGCCAUACAACAUCUAUGCCACUUCCAACACAACCAUCUGUGACAUCUGCAAUAGAUCAGUCCUCAACAACUUAUAGAACACAAAAAGCAGGUGUGUUUACUUCUUCAAUCUUAACAACACUUGAGACAUCAACCCCUCCUGAAGUCACCAAUCAAGACCAUUCAGUACCUGGUUUCAGACUGUCAACAUUAUUGAAAACAUCUAAAACAACGUCCAGCCCGGUGGCCAACUCUCUGCAAACUGAGGAAGCAGUUUCAAGACAAGCUAACUCCAACCCCAAAUCUACGGACACAUCCACAAUUUUUCCAACCACUCAAGAAAGCCAGACAACUUACAACACCCCCUUAGACUCAUUUUCUAUGUCUCCAUCAUCUGCUCUUACAACUGUAAGAAAAGACUCCAAUUCAGUCCUCGUGUCCACCCCGUUAGCGUCUGCACAAAACUCAGCAUUUGGGAUAUCCACGUACAUUCAAACAGGGCUAGAAAAUGUUGAUUCAAAAGGAACAACAACCACAGACACCCUCUCAAACAACAACAUACCUUCAACACCAACAGGUCAAACAAACUCAACAUUACCCAGCAACACCACCGGAGAAGGAAACAUUGAUAUUUCUGAAAAGUCGGAAAGGGGCAUCAUUGUGUUUUUCCUAAACGAACCCAAUGUGCCUGAGUUUAAAACAAUCACCUUUAAUUACCCACUGGUACAACAAGCCACGAUUAUGACAGCAGAUUCAAGACCAUGAAGUGCUCUUGACAGGUACUUUCACUUACCUUAAAUAAGCCAUCUAAAUGCAAAUACAAAGCUAGGCGUUUAAAAAAAAGCGACAUGGCUAAUUUUAAUUACAGGCCUCAAUUUCUCGGCCGAUUGCCUGGAAAUUGUAAACACUGUGAUGCUAUGGCACUUUCACUACAUUGCUCUGUUUGUUGAGCAUCUUGACAAAGCAACACUGGUUCAACUAAUGGUGUGAGUUUUGGGCAGGACUACAGUAUAUGCUGACCGACCAAUAGCAGAUGGGGGGUAGUGUUUGAGAAACCUCUGUGAGAACUGUAAUUAUUUUUGCAGUUCCAUUUGUUGAUGUUGUUGGUGCUUAAAAUGACACAAUUCACCUUGAAAGCUGAAGUGUGUAAUCACUGAGCAUGUCUAAAUGCAUGAUAACUACCAAAAAUCAACUAAUGAAACAAAUCUUUUACAAUGUAAGAAAACCGUGUUUACAUGGCAUUUGAAAUUGGAGUGUUUUUCCCUGCUUUUAACGUUCAAACAUAAACAAAUUGCACACAAUGGAUAAGUGGGCAAGAACGCCAGUAAAGGUGUUUACAUGCAGAGCGAAAUCAGGGUAAUGGGUUAAAAUGCUGUCUGUCAUUUUUUUUCUUGAAACGUAUAUGACCUACUGUAACCCCAAUAAAGGAACAUGUUGAUUUAUUAAGCAUAAUGGCUGUAAAAAGUGUUCAUGUAACACGCUCUGUCAAUAAUGACGAAAUUGUCAUGUUUGGAUGAAAUUUAUUACCAAACUGUGGGAAACAGAGAGGUAUGAACAGAGAGAGAAAAAGAAUAAAAGAAAUGCAUGAACUGAAAGUGUCACUCAGUUCCUGGCUUCUGUACAUACAGUACUGAAUGACUAUUGCAAUUAUUUAAAGAUCAAUCAGAUCGUUUGAUUAUGCAGUUACAACAAACAAACACACAUAAAAGCAUUCGGAGUAAUAGGUUACUUAUAAAUGAUUUGUUUGAAGACUAUUUUUCAUUUUAAUAUUAUAUCAAAUAUUAGUGUCGUUAUUGAGGGGGUGCAAUAAACGUGUAUUUAUAUUUCCGAAUGUAUGGGCUGGAGUGAUGACUUGAAAAUACUGAAAUAUUUGUAAUAUUACAUAUUACAUUUUUAUUAUUGUAUUGUAUAAAAUAUAUAUUUCAUUGUAGUUAUUAUAAGAUUGUAGUGCUGACUUUUGGAAAUAAAAUUAAAACCUGUCAGACAACACCAGUAAAGUGUUGCACAUAGACACUUUGCACAAAGAAACACAAAGAACACCAAAAGGUUAUAAGAGGUCUUAUAUGGCAUGUUUUAAUGAAGAAAUGAACAUGAGUUAUUGUAUAAUACAGUAUGCAUAGUUAAUUUAGCAUUUGUAUGUUUGUAUUGGCUAAAAAUAUUAGAUAUGUUUUAUUAUGAGAUGUCCUAGGAAUCUUGGUUGUUGUUGUUUUUCAUAUAAAAUAAAGCAACUAU